UCCCUCGAUCCCCUCCUCUAUAUAUAUAUAUACAAGAAGACCUUAGAGCCGCAGGAAGGAAAUCUAUCCAAGCAACAAACUUGGCAUUCUUGCCUGUUCUUAAUUAUUGCCAGGACAGGAGAAACAAAGAUGAGGCCUCAGCUGAUACUCGUCGGCACUCUGGCUGUUCUCGCCAUCCUCGCAGCUCUCGGCGAAGGCUCGUCGUCCUGGCCCUGCUGCAACAACUGCGGUGCUUGCAACAAGAAGCAGCCGCCGGAGUGCCAGUGCAAUGACGUGUCGGUCAACGGGUGCCAUCCGGAGUGCAUGAACUGCGUCAAGGUCGGUGCAGGAAUUCGUCCCGGCAUGGGCCAUGGCCCCGUCGUCACCUACCGCUGUGACGACGUUCUCACAAACUUCUGCCAGAGCAGCUGCCCGGAGGCGCCGGCGCCAUAGGCGGGUGGCCGGUGUCUUCUUCUGACGUACGGCAUGGGACGCCAAGUCGAGUUUGCUUCUCUCCAGUUUCGUCAGAGAAAAGAAAUAAAUAAAUAAAUAAAUGUCGCCGGCCGCUCUGUUCGGUGCUUGCUCUUGUUCGUCGUCCGUGUAUUAGUACUCUCUUUUUUCUUUUUCUUUCUUGAAUAAAGAGCCAUAUGCUGCAUAUGCCAUGCUCAAA